UUUUUGUAUUCCUCAAAAACAUCGAGAGGAAAAAAAGAAUAUUUAUUUCAAUUAAACUGCUUUCUACUAUCUCGUUAUAAAUAACGUAAUUUUAUACAACCCACAACGCACGCAUAAAUAUAUAUAUAUACACAUACAUACACACAGAGUAUGAGGCUCUCCGUUGCGCCGGUACGUUCGGACAGCGUGCUCUCCUCACGACAGAGAUACGACGCCGUUUCUUCGACAAAUGGACGUAGAACAGAUAAUUACUGUCGCUGCACUCUCACUCUUCCGUCUCAGACGACGUUAUCUAUGGACCCACCCGCGAAAAAAGAAACCUGGGAACGCUUGCUGCUAAAACAAGAUUCCGGCGAGUGUAAUGGCAUCAGACCGGUUAAGCUCGGCCGGCGAUGGAUGGAGUACCAAGGUCUCCGCAACUGGACCGGUCUCUUGGACCCAUUGGACGACAAUCUCCGCCGCGAGAUUCUCCGGUACGGAAAGUUCGUCGAAGCCGCUUACAAGUCUUACGAUUUCGACCCCUCAUCGCCCACGUUCGCCACGUGUCGCUUCCCCAGGAGCACAUUGCUUGAACGGUCCGGUUUUCCGGGAACCGGUUACCGGUUAACCAAGAAUCUCCGGACGACUUCCGGUAUCCAGCUACCACGCUGGAUUGAGAAGGCGCCGAGCUGGGUGGCGACACAGUCCAGCUGGAUUGGCUACGUGGCAGUCUGUCAGGACAAGGAGGAGAUCUCGCGCCUUGGCCGGAGAGACAUCGUGAUCUCGUUCCGCGGCACUGCCACGUGUCUCGAGUGGCUCGAAAACAUCCGGGCCACAUUGACCCACCUUCCUGAUGGGCCAGGCCCAGAUAGAUCGGGUUCUGGGCCGAUGGUCGAAAGCGGAUUCUUGAGCAUGUACACCUCCGGGGCCCACAGCUUGAGGGAUAUGGUACGUGACGAGAUAUCAAGGCUUCUCCGGGCCUACGGAGACGAGCCGUUAAGCCUAACGAUCACCGGCCACAGCCUCGGAGCGGCGUUAGCGAUUCUAACGGCGUACGACGUCAAGACAACGUUCAAACAGCCCCCGAUGGUCACCGUCAUAUCCUUCGGAGGUCCACGUGUCGGAAACAGAAGCUUCCGGAGGCUUCUGGAGAAACAAGGAACCAAAGUGCUGAGAAUCGUUAACUCAGACGAUCUCAUAACGAAAGUUCCAGGAGUUGUCAUGAACCAGGAAGACGAAGAACCCAACAGCAAGAACGUGGAAAUGGCGACGGCGUUAACUUUGCCGGAAUGGAUACAGAAGCGAGUGGAGAAGACUCCAUGGGCGUACGCGGAGGUAGGGCAGGAGCUACGGCUGAGCAGCCGAGACUCGCCGUACGUGAACAGCAUCAACGUCGCCACGUGUCACGAGCUGAAGACGUACCUCCAUUUGGUGGAUGGCUUCGUGAGCUCCACGUGUCCUUUCAGGGAGACUGCCAAGAGGGUCCUCCAUAGAUAGGAUAUGUCAUAGGACACGACGACAGAAAUAUAGUAGUAACUUGUGCAGAUUAAUUACGCAAUUCACCAAAACCAUUAUACGGUAUGCAAUCCGGCGUGUGAGUUGUCUAUAUAAUAUAAUCAAAACUGUAAAUUUUUUUUUACGGCAGAUGGGUUGUAAAUUGUAAUUAAUGUCAAAUUUA